AUGUAUUUUCAUUCCGCUCUGCUAGGCUCAUUUGGUUUUGGACCAAUCGUCAAAUUGGAUAACGAUAUUCCCGCUUAUUUCGUCGCCGGCUAUUGUCUACUUGGUCACCGGUCAACAGUAACGUCUUUUAUCUUUUCUCAAAUUUUUGUUUUCCCCCUUUCUUUGCAUUCCGUGUACAGAAAGCCAGAAACUAUAGCGAACGUAUGUAACAGUUAG